AUGGACACAGGCGCGAAGAAACUGCUCGAGUCUGCAACAUACAAAACCCUACAUGCGCACAAUUUCUCCCGGUCGUCGUCCCAGGCGACGCUAGUCUUGACCGAUCUUCUCUCGCGUUAUAUGACGCUCCUGACGUCGACAUGCGCCAAGUAUGCUGAACACGCCGGCCGACUCAAUGUAUCGAUCAAGGACACGGCUUCUGCUCUUGAUGAGCUAGGUGUGGGUGUUGAAGACCUGAAAGAGUACUGUGCGAGCGAGGCGAGGGAGCUCUCGCGAUAUGCUGUCCACACUGCGCGAAGGACAGAAGACCUAGCCGAAUUCAAUGCUCUUCUGCUAGAUGGGCUGAGAGAGGACCGAGACGACGCGAUUCCACUUGUGUAUGCACCCAUGCCUUUGGAAGCAUUCUAUGACGAGUAUAAGGAAGAGGAGACACAGCCACCCCUUCCAUUAUCCCCCAUAUCCAAUCCGUCCACGCCGCCUCGAAAACGACCACGGACCUCGAGCUGGCGGCCUCCAUCAUAUGUUCCCGACCACCUCCCUCCAUUUCCCACCAAUUCACCUCCGCAGUCGCCGUUCCCGCGCUCGCCCACUGAGGCCAUCGCGCCCAUCCCCGUCAAGAUGGAACGAGUGGCUACACCUCCCCCGCCUCCCAUGGCCUCAUCGGCGUCGUCUGCUGAUUUCCUCACGCCAAUACCAUACUUGCAAUCGUCUCUUGCAGGAGCGCUGAUGUCACAUCUUCCACCGCUCCCUCCCAGGUCAGGCCCGCCGUCAUCACAAGCGCGCCAACCAUUACCACAGAUGCAACCUGCGCUCCUUGGCGCAUAUCAUCAUGUGUUAACGCACCCCCCUCCCUCAAAUGUCACAUCGGUAAAUCCAUCCAAGUACCGAGUGGCUUUGGCACUUCUCACCCAGGCCGAGGCACAACCCCGCUGGGAACCUGCGCCCACAUUAUUCUCCAAUACUGUCCCCAAUCCGCCCCGCGUGGCCGCGCCAGGACCAUCAUAUCCGGUCCCCGUCGCGAAGGGACCUCUUACCCCAACGGACAAAGAGCUGGAAAUUGAAAAGGAUCGCAGGUCGAACUUGCCCAAUGCCCCACCACGACCGGUAGUGUUCCCAGAGCGUGUCACACCUUUGAUAAGUCAACAGGCGUCGCGUCUGCCGACCCUAGCGCGGCAUGUGCUGCCGGGAUCGGUAUACACGCGCACAACGCGUCUCACACACCCACCAGUUCUUUCCCGUGGGGCGCAGAGACUCACGUAUGGCCCUGGCGUCGGUGCGCCAUGGAACACUAACGCGACGCCGACACCAGCCGCGCCCACCGGGAAAGGCAAGGAUGGAGCCCCUAAUGGCAAGGAUGUUGAUGCAUUACCAAGGCCCAUCCCCGACGCACGCAUGUAUGCGACGUGGGACUACGAGCCAAAGCGGUAUAACGAGUCACUCGUGGUGAAGCGCAACCGGAUUGGGAGCAUGCAGGCAACGGUGAGCCUGGCCCCUGUCAGGGGACGCAAUGAGCAUAGGGUAAGCUAG